AUGAAACAAAUGUGGUCAAACAAAUAUUUAGCGUUUUUCCUAGUUGUUCUCUGUAGGUUUCAGCAGUUUGCAGAUAUGAUAAAUUACUAAUUUUCAGUGCAUGCAUCGAUUUGUUUAGCUGAGGAAACAUAUGUGAGUGAAUAGGUUUGAUGAAAAAAAAAACAGUCCUGCACGAUGUUUUUUCUUGCCAAUUAAGACAGGAAUUGCAGUGUGUCUCUCUGUACCUACUUAUCUUUAGUUGUGUCGGGAAAAGGCUAAAAUUCAGCGAAAUAAAGCUUGCCAAUUACAGACAACAUGUCCAUACGGCAGUUCGGAUGAAUCAUUCUGUGAAACUGGAGUCGCAUAUGUAUUCUAUGGUAUAAAGGAGUGUUGUCGUAAGUAUAUUUUUGUUGCGUCAUCAUCAUCAUCAUCGAUGAGUUUUGCGCAUAUUGUUUCAUAUUACAGCCGAUGAAACUCCAUGCAAGUUCACUGGUAUGGCUUCGCAAUACGUGGCACACGAGUAUUCUGAAAGUUUCUGGUAUGCAAGAAAUAUUCACCAUUGUCCUGAGCAACACAGAAAGUAUCUGUAUCAAAUCGAUGAAGACCCAUUGUGGUUUGUAUGUCGUUAGUUUUUCAAAUGAUAAUUCGAUUGAUAGAGAUAGAACAUAAUGAUUUUGCAGCAAUACCAAUUGCAUAUAUAUGGGCUGACCAAUAUGAUUAUAACACCAGGUCUCCCAACAUAUUUUUGCCAACAAAUCCAAACUAUAUAACUGAGAAAAUUGUGACGUGUCAAAAGAAUUCGGAUUGUGAUAUCAAUCAAUAUUGUGGAAAUGUUAUUAACCCCCUAAAUGAAGGCGGUUAUCUCAGUGAGUUAUAGAUCUCUUGGAUAUAUCUCACAAGGGACUUCCAUUAGGGUGAUAACGGGUUUUGAAAUAAGGCAAGUUGUGUAACUCGACGCGCUGAUCACGAUCUCGCAAAAAUUAGAUUUUUUUGUCGUCUCACAUUUUUUUGAUGUCAAUUUUUCUAGAUAUUCGCAACGUUUAAUCCGGCCCAAAUAACCCUAAUGUAGGGUACUUCAAUUCUACCCAAAGCUUACGUAGUUCAUAUGAAAAUUGAGAUUUUCUGAGCAAACAUCGGAGCUGAUUUGCGCGGCUCGGAACCUUGAUAUCAUCUCUGAUAAUUUUUCUUUGUUAUUAAAUGAAGGAUUUAGAUGUUUUAUCAAAACUCCCUCCAGGAUUUUCCUUCUACUUGUGUGGUGCUCGAUCUCCAGAAACGGUGUUAAGAGAAUUUCGAAUCGAAAGAUCUGUCGGUUUCACCUACAUAAAAUUCCCCCACAGUCACACGUUAUUUUGUAUAUUUCGUCUUUCAUAUAAUAUGCACCAAACCUAGUCUGGCUUUUUUUGGGGAACCAUGAAGAAAAUUACGGACCCUCUCUCUCUCGAUGUACCUUGUAAUUGGGAGAAUCGCAGAAAUAAAUAAUAACAUAUUGUCCAAUGAACAAUUUUCAGAAGAAAAUGGCUCAUUCAGCAUGUCUUGCAAUGUUGAUUUUUGUGAUAUGAAUUAUGAAAAUUGGACGCUCAUGGAGAAAACCCAAAAAUUUUGCUAUUGGAGUUCGUUUUUUUCUUAACCAAAAAAUGUUUUUUUCUAAUAUAUUCAUUUUUUAGCCCCACCACUUCCAAUUAACACCGGUAUUGAGCAAUUUCACAUCGAUGCAGAUAAACCAAAUUUGUCGUUAUGUGAUAAAAAUGCAGAUUGUGAUGAGAAUAGUGUAUGUGCCAAACAAUACGACAUUGAUGGAAAAUUAUUGACGUGGACUGGAUAUAUUCAACCAACAUCAGAAUAUAAGUUUGGAAAACGAAAAAGCUAUGAAGGAUUGUGUAUUGAAUCGAAACCCGUUGCAUAUUUAUUUUAUUCGAUUUUCAAAAAACUUGAUCAUGAUAAUAAAAUUGGAGAAAUCGGUAAACAAUAUCUGCCAGUUGAUUGGAAAAACGGAACACAUAAAUCAAAAAUGAAGAAAUGCGCAAAAAAUGGGGAUUGUGCUGAAAACGAAUUUUGUUCCAAUAUUUAUAGUUUGAAUGAGGAUAAUGGAAAUUUCGAUGAAACCAACACAUUCUGCUUCAAAUGUACGUUCAUAAUUUCUUGAAUAACUUUCGAAAUUUUAUUCUCAUUUUAGUUCCAAUUAUGACUCCAAAAGAUGCCGUGGAUUCAAAUAAAGUUGGAAUAAAAGCAUGUACAACAGAUGAAAAUUGCGAUUCGAACCAAAGUUGUCUUAAAGGAUAUACAAAAUAUUUGGAGUUUGAAAAUGGAAAACGUGUCGAACAUUUUGGAUUGUGCAUUUCAUCGUCAAAUAACUCAACAACUCUCAUUAUUAUUAUCAUAGUUGUAUGUGUUCUUAUUUUCAUUGCUAUUAUUUUGAUUGGAGGAUUCCUUUUUUGGAAAUUGAAGAUCAAAAAACACCAAAAAUCUUCGAGCAAAAUGGAACCGAUUUCGCCUUCAACAAAUAAUAUCAAGAAAUGAGAAAGAAUUUUAGAUUGAUUGAAUCAAUGAAUAUUUUUGAAAAAAUUAUGCUUUUUCUCUUUUAGCCGAACCAGGGGUGUCGUUUGGGCACCCACAGGGCACCCUAAUACCCACAGUUCGGCGGGUACACCCGGGUGGGUAUUUUCAUUGAAAAAUGACAGAACGGGUGGGUAUACCCGGGCACACCCAGAUACCCAAAAUGGGCCUUCGUAUUUGAUUUUUCGUACUAAUUUAUUUUUGAAAUUUGUUUGGAAAUUGUGUUUUUUUCAUAAAAAGUGGUCAGCAACAUGAAAAAUUGGUCUAAUCUGUAGAGAAAUUUCAAAAAAUCAGCUUUUUUAAAAAAUCAAAAUUUCACUAUUUUCCGUGUUGUAAACACACAAAAGACUUUCUAUAAGUUCAGUAUUACCUCCUCAGCACAUAUUCUCUCAAAGGUGGAUUUUAAAACGAACUCUUUUAUUUUUAUAUAAUUUGGUUUCGAAGUAAAAUAUAUUCUAUCUUUUUCUACAAUAUAAUGCAUCUUAAGUUAUUUUAGAAGUCAACGAAAUCGAUAAAAUAGAACUUUAUCGAUCGUUUUUGUUGCAUAUUAGUUUUUCAAUCAAAAGUCACUCAUGUUUUAGCUUAAUUCGUCUAAUAACAUGGAUAAUAGCUAAACAAAACAAAAAAAAACAAACAUUUGCAUCAUAUUCAAGGGUGCCCUAAGGGUGCCCACACCCAACCCGGGUAUUUGACACCCAGGUCGAUGGGCCUCAAUACCCGGGUAGUGCCCGGGUAUACCCAGGUAUCAGCGGCAGCCCUGGCCGAACCAAUACACUAUCAAAACAUACCUGUUCAAGAAAACACAAAUUUUUACGGGGUCAAUAGUAGUAUGCAUGGAAUACAUGAGUAGAUUACAGUAUUACUUUUUACCUCCUCAGCUCUUUUUUUCGAGGUAAAAAAGUAUACACAUAUUUUGCACACACACAUACAAAUGAGUUUGAGUGUAAUAUUUGACAGAAGGGUGUAAUUACUGUAGGUGUACUGUAGUACUGUAGUUCUGAAAUGUUUAACAAAUAUUACACUCAAACUCAUUUGUAUGUGUGUGUGCAAAAUAUGUGUAUACUUUUUUACCUCGAAAAAAAGAGCUGAGGAGGUAAAAAGUAAUACUUUAAUCUACUUACAUGGCAUGGAAGUACUAUGCAUGUACAAAAGUUUAUUACAUGGAAGGUACUUUAAACACAACGUUCCGAAACACAGGCAUAAAUUCUUGAUUUUUUUAAUUCAGAAAUACCUGUUUUUUCGAAAUUUGACAAUAUGUACAUGUAAAAAAGGACAAAGACAAACAAUUUCAGCGUGACAUUUCUUCUAACACGUCAAUAAUAAAAGCUCUAAAAUGUGAUCCAAAUCAUUAUUUUUUUCAUUGAAUGAAGAAAUUAGCUUUCGAAUGAAUUUUAUUCUCUUUUUUGUGCUUUCUUGUGAGUUUCAUACCAUCCAGUUCGGGGGAAGUUCAAGAAGAGACACUGAAAACUAAGUUGGCAAGGGCUCGGCGGAAUUUGCUUGUCAGCAUUUCGCGAUGUCGACUUUUUGUGCCGAAAAAAGAUUUCGGCGAUUCGGCACCCCGAUUUUGAUCAAAUCCGGCAUUUUAGCAGUGGUUCAGAAAUUUUAAAAACACUCAAAAUGAUGGAUAAAUGGUUGAAAUUUAAAAUGAAGUUUAAAAAACGUAAAACGCAAUUUCGGUAGUGAUUUAAAAUCGUCACGAAGUUCGACUUCUAUCAAAAAUAUUUUCUGGUCGGUACUGUCGACUUCAAAAAUUGCCGAUAGAUCAGCGUACCUCGGCAUUUUAGAAAAUCGGCGUGCCGAUUCCGGUCACCCCUGUUCCCGAGUAAUGUUUGUUUUCAGUGAAAGUGAUCUCCACGACAGCCGUAGAAGUGAGUUUUGCAACCAAAAACAAACGUUUUUCGUGAAGACGUUCAUACGUAUUACAGACAACAUGUCCAUACGGUGAGGCGGAUGAAACAUUUUGUGAAACUGGAGUCACCUAUCUUUUUAAUAAUGAGUAUUGGUGUUGUCGUAAGUAUAAUUCUCUGCAUAGACUCAUUUUUGUGUAUUUUUCCAAUGAAAAAUUUUAUUGCAGCCGAUGAAACUCCGUGCAAGUUCACAGGUAUGACUUCGAAAUACAUCGUAGAUAUGCAUAGCACAUUCGCGUAUGCAAGAAAUAUCAACCAUGGCAUCAAUGCUCACAAUAAAUAUAUCUAUCAAGUCAAUGAAGACCCAUUGUGGUUUGCAUGUCGUUAGUUUUUCAAAUGAUAAUUCGAUUGAUAGAGAUAGAACAUAAUGAUUUUGCAGCAAUACCAGUUGCAUAUGUAUGGGCUGACCAAUAUGAUUAUAACACCAGGUCACCACCCAAAAUAUUUUUGCCAACAAAUCCAAACUAUAUAACUGAGAAAAUUGUGACGUGUCAAAAGAAUUCGGAUUGUGGCAUCAAUCAAUAUUGUGGAAAUGUUAUUAACCCCCUAAAUGAAGGCGGUUAUCUCAGUGAGUUAUGGUAAAAAAAGAAUAAAAUACAUAACACUUUACUCAUAAAAUGUUGCGGCAUAUUACUGCGAGGUUAGGAGCAAAAUGGCAUAUCGCACAUACCACGCCCAGCUCCGUGCAUAUGAAGAAUAAAAAUUGGCGUGGUGGUUUCUGAAAAAAUUAUUGGCGGGGUGAAAGCAAGGUGUUUUUGGAAAAAUAACACCAGUAACAGACCUGUAAACCGCCAAUUUUUCUGACUGGUGCAUCACAGAUCUGAAUCGAAUUUUUCCAUGAUCUUCCUGGGAAAUAUAAAAAAGUGUCAGUAAUUUCCAUAUGUCAAGUCAGUCGUUUUGAUGUUUUGGGUCUAGAUAAUCACACAGGAGAUGGUGGGAUGAAUUUAUGCCAUUCUGUUGGUGGGGUAGUGUUUGCGUGAUGAUUGGAUUGGUGAAAUGAUAUUGUUGUGGUAUUGGUGUGAUAUUGAUGGAUGGCUCCAAGCCUGAAAGGCUUUUGAAAGUCCAUAAGUACUGUAUAUUGGAUUUAAUAUUUCAGAAGCUUCCAAAAAUCCUUCGAGGAUUGCACUAAUCAGAACACGUUCUUUCAAAUGAGCUUGAUUUUUGCUCGGACUCCACCUUUAAAGCAUGGGUUCAGUUUAUACUAGAUUUGUUUCUAAAGCUGGAACCUUCAAGACAUAUCUUCUGUUUAGAUAUGUCUUGUUAUCGAGAGAACUGCAUAUCUGCUUCUCUAGAUUCUGCAGAAAUAAUUAUAAAUAAUUUUCAGAAAGUAAUGGCUCAUUCAGCAUGUAUUGCAAUUCAGAAAUUUGUAAUAUGAAACUUGAAAAAUGGACGCUUAUGGAGAAAAUUCAAAAAUUUUGCUAUUGGAGUUCGUUCUUUUUUCUUUAUUCGGCUAUUCAACGUAUUUUCUCAACGCUGAAAAGGUUGAGAAAACUUAUUCAGGAAGGCUGAGAAAAUAGGAAAACGGUUGAGAAAAUGCUUUUCUCAGCAUUUUUUCGGUUUUCUUAGCGUGUUGUUAUAUUUUUCAUUUUCCAGAUCCAUUGAUUCCAAUUGAUAUUGGUAUUGAGCAAUUUCACACCGAUGCAGAUAAACCAAAUUUGUCGUUAUGUGAUAAAAAUGCAGAUUGUGAUGAGAAUAGUGUAUGUGCCAAACAAUACGACAUUGAUGGAAAAUUAUUGACGUGGACUGGAUAUAUUCAACCAACAUCAGAAUAUAAGUUUGGAAAACGAAAAAGCUAUGAAGGAUUGUGUAUUGAAUCGAAACCCGUUGCAUAUUUAUUUUAUUCGAUUUUCAAAAAACUUGAUCAUGAUAAUAAAAUUGGAGAAAUCGGUAAACAAUAUCUGCCAGUUGAUUGGAAAAACGGAACACAUAAAUCAAAAAUGAAGAAAUGCGCAAAAAAUGGGGAUUGUGCUGAAAACGAAUUUUGUUCCAAUAUUUAUAGUUUGAAUGAGGAUAAUGGAAAUUUCGAUGAAACCAACACAUUCUGCUUCAAAUGUAAGUUAAAACAGGGAAACUGCCAAACGUUUUCGUUUUUUAUUGGUAGAUUUUACACUUGAACCUUUUACCCCUCCAAGAAAAAUUCAAUUUCAGUACCAACUUCGGACCCGCCUCAAAACUACGAUGUUGAUUCAAAUAAAGUUGGAAUAAAAGCAUGUACAACAGAUGAAAAUUGCGAUUCGAACCAAAGUUGUCUUAAAGGAUAUACAAAAUAUUUGGAGUUUGAAAAUGGAAAACGUGUCGAACAUUUUGGAUUGUGCAUUUCAUCGUCAAAUAACUCAACAACUCUCAUUAUUAUUAUCAUAGUUGUAUGUGUUCUUAUUUUCAUUGCUAUUAUUUUGAUUGGAGGAUUCCUUUUUUGGAAAUUGAAGAUCAAAAAACACCAAAAAUCUUCGAGCAAAAUGGAACCGAUUUCGCCUUCAACACAAAAAUCAGUAAACAAUCAAGCCGCAUGA